UCAGUUUGUGACACGAUUGGAAGCUGUGCGUGUGAAAAUUUUAAAAGUAAGCGCGAUUAUGAAAGUUUUUGUGAUUUUGUGUUGUGCAUUUGCAGUGGCAUUGGGAGCAUCAAACACCCUCUGGAAUGACACAGACCUCGACACGCUCAGAAAUGCUCUCCUAAAAGACUAUGACACCCACGUGCGUCCAAGCAACUCCAAAACAACGACAGACUUAUGGGUUGGAAUGACUGUCUUACAUAUGGAAAUCAUUGAAGCUACAUCAACCCUUGAGACUCACGCAUGGCUAAAGAUGAACUGGACAGAUGUUAAAAUGAAAUGGGAACCGGCAAAGUUCAAUGGCAUUGACAAUAUGAGGCUAUCUGCUGAUGAUGUCUGGCAACCAGAUUUGACUGUCUACAACAGUGCUGAAGAUAAAAUUGUUGAUCAUUAUGCUAAAACUAACAAAAUUGCUUAUCCAUCCGGAGCUGUUUUAUGGGUUCCAACAUCAAAAUUCAAGACUUAUUGCAGCUUAAACCUUAAGAUGUGGCCAUUUGAUCAACAAAAGUGUGAAAUUAAACUUGGAUCUUGGACAUAUGAUGCCAAUCAAUUAAAAUUAAGACUUUCUGAUGAUCCAGUUGAGCUCAAGCACUACUACAAAAAUCAAGAAUGGGUCAUAGUUGAUUCCAGUGUCGAACAUCACCAAACAAAAUAUGAUUGCUGUGUUGAACCUUACGAAGACAUCACUUUCUACUUCACCCUUAGUCGUCGUUCUCCAAUGUACAAAGCCAUUGCAGUCGUUCCAACUAUUGCCAUUGUCUUCAUGGUUUUAAUUGCUUUCUGGCUUCCUCCAGAUGCUGGUGAAAAGUUGAUUCUCAAUGGAUUUGCCUGUGUUUUGGUUUGCGUUCUUCUCAUUUACUUCUCACAGCUGUUACCAGUGAUGUCUGAAACUUCACCAUUGAUUGUGUCAUUCUAUAGCCAAACGCUCUAUCUUCUCUCAGCAUCAUUAAUCAUCUCAGCAUUUGUCAUUAACAUCUCUCGCAAAAAGGGCCACAAAGCUCUUCCAUCGUUCAUAAAAACAAUUUUCUUGGACAACUUUGUUGAGACAGUUUUUGCAUGCAAGUCAAAGGCUGCUGAAAAGGCAGAACAUACAGUUGAGGAUGGAAAUGCUGGUGAAAAUGCAACAAAGGAUUGGAUUCGCUUUGCUGUUGUUAUUGACCGCAUCGCUUUUGUUGUUUAUGUUAUUAUUUUUAUUUGCAUGGGAUUCUUUCAUUUCGUUUAAGAAGAUGAAGGAAUGAGUUGGGGAGAGUAAUUAGGUAGUUUAAAAAGUGAGCUAGGUGAGAGAAACUGACAGAAUGUGGAUUAAUGAUUACAAUGAUAUGAAGUAUGGAAGGGGGGGGGGGGGGGAG